AUGGGGUGGACAUUUCUGGGCCGCUUCGGGCUGUUGCUGCUUGUACAGCUCGCCGCUGCUGUCUUUGUCGAGGCCGCUUACAUCAAUCAACAAGAACCGUUGGGCGUCAAAGAGCCAGCGGCUGUUUCGACCAUCCCCGUGUCCCUGUUCGCGGAUCUCGAACGACUGGCGAGGCUCGUUGACGUCUCAUAUUGCCUCGGCACUACGGGCAUUCGCAAGCCGUUCCAGUGCGUCUCUCGAUGCGAUGAAUUCCCCAAUGUGACGCUGGCCUCUACGUGGAGCACAGGCUUUCUCUUCGGCGAUAGCUGUGGGUUCAUCGCAGUCGAUCACGGCUCGGACCAGCAGCGUCAAAACGAUGUGCUUAUAGGAGAUGACGAGCAAGGCGCCAUCGUAGUUGCGUUCCGUGGGACCUACAGCAUCACCAAUACCAUUAUUGACCUCAGUACCAUGCCGCAAAAAUAUGUGCCAUAUCCGUCGCCAGAUCACGGAGGAGAAUUACCAGAAAAGCCUAGCCAUGAAUGCACAAAUUGCACCGUACACAGUGGGUUUCUCGAAUCCUGGAAGAGCGCUCGAGAAUCGGUUCUGCCAGAGCUCAAGGCACUCCGAGCCAAGUAUCCGUCUCACCCCAUUCAUCUCAUCGGUCACAGUCUUGGAGGCGCCGUGGCUUGUCUUGCGGCACUCGAACUGAAAGUGUCGCUUGGCUGGGAUGAUGUGACAGUCACCACGUUUGGAGAGCCUCGUGUCGGCAACUCUGAGUUCGCCCACUUCGUUGACGACGUGUUUGACCUCGACGGCAUCAUUGACCUUGAAAAGAGGACCUAUCGACGAGUUACCCACGCCGACGACCCAGUGCCCUUACUUCCACCGGGCGAGUUUGGUUACCAGUCGCAUGGCGGCGAGAUAUUCAUCUCCAAGUCUGCCCUCUCACCAUCUGAGACGGAUGUCCAGCUAUGCGUCGGCGACGCAGAUCCUAAUUGCAGUGCCAGAGAUGACAGCUCGGUGGAAGGUCUGCUCAAUCGCCUUCUCCAUUUCUGGGGAACGACUGCCUCCUUGGAAGAGUACACUGAGAGGAUGAGCUUCCCGGCGCGGUUCAAACUGUGGCAGCUGUUUUUUGCUCAUCGAGAUUACUUCUGGAGGCUCGGACUAUGUGUGCCCGGCGGCGACCCUACAAACUGGGGCCGGCCUCCGUAUGCGCCUCAUGACGAAGAGUUGUGA